GCGUAACAGAAGAAACCGACGAGGUCCCAUAUCCCCAUCCCCAAAAUUUACAAAAACCCUAAUUACGCCAAUCCAUUUCGAUCUCUCGAUUAAAUAUCGAAAUUAAGAGGGAACCAGUAGAGAAACCCUUCAAAAACCUCAUGAAUCUGCAGUUCAACAGUGAUUGGAGUUGUGAAGAUGAAGCGAUCCGUGAUAUUUCUUCUGAUGUUAAUGGUAACGCUGUCAUCGAUAAGCAGAGGAGCUCUAUCAAGCUUAGAGGUGUCGCCUGCCUUCUUGCCCUCGUCUGCGAAUCGAAAAAUUACCAGUCUAUACAACUCUCUUUUGCCUCCGAAAGUUGAAUAUAGAAACACAGCACUCGUGGUUGCUUUGGAUGGAACAGUGUAUUUGAUGGAUAAUACAGGGAAAAUCUGCUGGUCCUUCCCAAUGGGCACGCCCAUUUAUUCAUCUUAUCAGGCUUCUCUUAGCGAGGAUCAAUGGGAUAGGCCAUCUGAUCUUAGAUAUGAUUCCUACGUGGAUGUUGGAAAUGACUGGCAACUCUAUGAAUACAGCAAGAGAGGUGGUAGAGUAAUAAAGAAACUCCCGUUGAGUGCUGAAGAUUAUAUUAGAAUAACUCCACGUGUAUGGGAAGAUGGAGGAGUCACGGUGGGACAAAAAAAAUCUACUGUGUUUGUUGUUGAUUGCAAGUCUGGAAGAAUGCUCGACACUUACAGCUUGAAUGAUCUCUUUUCAAAUGCUGUUCCUGGAAUGAGUGAUACUGAAAAACUGGAGUUUGGUUUUGAGGGCUUGAAUACGGUUAGGCAGCUGAUUUACUUUACGAGGAUAGACUAUGUGCUGCAACAUCAUGAUUCAAGAUCCGGAAGAGUUCUUUGGAAUGUCGCAUUCGCAAAAAUUGAAGCUGAAACCCGUUGUUGGGGGAUUAAUAAUUCUUCUGAUUUGCUCUCUCCUAAGUCUGGGAGUGCACUUGUUCAAGAGUACAUCGGGGAUAUUGAUUUGCCACUGCCUUGUCAUGAGAGGGUCAAUGUCCAUCGACAUGAUUAUAGGUCGUUAAAGUUUGAUAGACUUGCAAUUACUCAUCUUGGAGGUGCUGCGCGUGCUCUGCCUGCCUCAUACCAGAGCCUUCCCGUAGGACCUUCUGAUAUUCGCAACAAUGAAGACAAAUUGCCAGAAUUUGGUCAACUGCCAAGUAGUCAUAAUGGUAAUGAAUUAAAAUAUCUACCGGCUCCACAUGACCUCCUUCCCUUAGAGCCUAUUCAAAAAUAUCCACUGGAUGUUAUCAAUUACGAGGAUAGGCUUGUGCCCGCUUUGCGCAUCUCUGAGGCUAAGAGCCCUGUUCCCAUGAUCAAUGGGGAUGCUGGUGAUAAUACCACAAGCUUGCUUGCUGAAAUCGUGACUAAGUUUCAUCCUUGGUAUGUUAUUUCCACCAUUUUGUCCAUUAUGGGCUUCAUAUUUUGCCAAUAUUUAGCAUUUCGAAAAUGGUGUAAAUUCUUCAAUCGUGCUGAGGAAGUUAAGGUGCAAGUUGGAACGCCCAAGAAGAAGAAAAAUAGGAAAUCGGUAAACAACAAGAGCAGUUCCAGUCGUCAGAGAAAAGACAAAUUUAUCUCACUAGAGAAUAUGGUUGGAGAUGCCCAUAGAUUUCUGAAUGUUGAAGGAGAUCAAGGGAAAUUGCUGCUAACUGUCACUGACUUUGUUGAUGGUCAGGUAUAUGGACGUAGAAUUGGUAAAUUAUUAGUUUUUAAUAAAGAAAUUGCUAAGGGUAGCAAUGGUACCAUUGUACUUGAGGGAAUUCAUGAUGGUCGUGCAGUCGCUGUGAAACGUCUUGUGCGUACUCAUCAUGAUGUAGCAUUAAAAGAGAUUCACAAUCUUAUUGCUUCUGAUCAACAUCCAAAUAUCGUUCGAUGGUAUGGGGUGGAGUAUGAUCAAGAUUUCGUUUAUCUGGUUUUGGAGCGCUGCACUUGUAGUUUAAAUGAUUUGAUUUAUGCAUACUCUGAAUGGUUUGAAAAUCGAAUCACAAAGGAUGAGGGUUCCAACUUAAAUGGUUGUUCUGUCGGAUUACAUUCAGUAGUGGAAGACCAAAAGGAUUUUGAACUGUGGAAGGCAAAUGGUUAUCCUUCACCUCAGUUGUUAAAACUCAUGAGGGAUAUUGUUUCUGGACUUGCCCAUUUGCAUGAACUUGGGAUUAUACAUCGGGACCUAAAGCCUCAAAAUGUCUUGAUUAUCAAAGAGAAAUCUUUACGUGCGAAACUUUCUGAUAUGGGUAUUAGCAAGCGCCUUGCUGGAGACAUGUCAGCAUUAACCCAGCAUUCCACAGGGUGUGGGAGUUCAGGUUGGCAAAGCCCAGAACAACUUCUCCAAGGACGCCAAACACGUGCUGUUGACCUGUUUAGCUUAGGCUGUGUUCUCUUUUUCUGUAUUACUGGUGGGAAACACCCUUACGGUGACAGUUUUGAGCGCGAUGUGAAUAUAGUCAAUGACAGGAAAGACCUAUUCCCAGUAGAGAAUAUUCCAGAAGCUGUGGAUCUUUUCGCUCGUCUAUUGGAGCCAACCCCAGAUUUUAGGCCCAAGGCCCAGGACGUGUUGCAUCACCCCUUAUUUUGGACUUCUGAGUGGAGACUUUCGUUUCUCCGGGACAGUAGUGAUCGUGUAGAACUGGAAGACAGGGAGAAGGGAUCUGAACUCUUGAAUGCAUUAGAGAGUACGGCAACAGAGGCUUUGAAUGGGAAGUGGGAUGAAAAGAUGGAGCCUGCUUUCAUUAACAACAUUGGUCGUUACAGGCGCUAUAAGUUUGAUAGUGUUCGCGACUUGUUACGUGUCAUAAGGAAUAAGUUAAAUCACUACAGGGAACUUCCUCAGGAAAUACAGGAAUUAUUGGGGCCAGUUCCCGAAGGAUUCAACAGCUACUUUGCAAGCCGGUUUCCGAAACUCUUGAUUGAGGUGUAUAAGGUAAUGUACAGUUACUGCCAAGAGGAGGCAUUCCUUCAAAAAUACACAAGUAGUAGUCUAGCUUAAUCCAACCUUCCCCAGUUCCCCAAGUAAGUAGACAGACAGAAGUUUGUAUAUAGCAAUUGUACCAUAUUUCCAUGUUUAUUUGAUGUACUCAAGUAACAUACAUACGUAAUACUAGUGUUUUUAGCUCCUUGGCAAAAAAAACUCUUGCGGUUAGUGAAUCCAACUAACUGGACCUUGGAGAGCUGAA